AUGUCAACAACAACAACCUCUACACAGACAACAUCGGCCACGUUGAGUAUUCCAGCAAUUGCGCCAUUGGCAAUUACUUCUGGAAGAUUAAACUCGACGAUUUUGGAAACUGGCGGUUUAUUCGGCUCUGCAUACCGUUGGGGGAAUGAACCUCAUGAAUUCGGUAUGAGAAGAUUGGCUGGUUCUGCCGAGGAUGGUAAAGUGAGAGAUUGGUUUGUAAAGGAAUGUAAAUCUCUGGGCUGUAAGAUCAAAGUUGACAAAAUUGGGAAUAUCUUCGCGAUCUACCCAGGUAAGGACAAGACAAAUAAGCCACCAACGGCCACAGGAUCGCACUUGGAUACCCAGCCGGAAGCUGGUAAGUAUGAUGGUAUUCUGGGUGUUUUGGCCGGGUUAGAAGUUUUGAGAACUUUCAAGGACAAUAAUUAUACACCAAAUUACGACGUGUGCGUCGUUGUUUGGUUCAAUGAAGAAGGAGCGAGGUUUGCUCGUUCAUGUACAGGCAGUAGUGUAUGGUCGCAUGAUUUGGAUUUACAAGAAGCCUACAAUCUAGUCGCAAUUGGCGAAGAUAAACCAGAGAAUGUUUUAGAGUCAUUGACCAAUAUUGGAUACCUUGGUGAUACACCAGCAAGUUACAAAGAAAAUGAAAUUGAUGCUCAUUUUGAACUGCAUAUUGAACAAGGCCCAAUUUUAGAAGAUGAAAACAAAAAGGUCGGUAUAGUUACAGGUGUUCAAUCGUAUCAUUGGGCAAAGAUCACUGUCAAGGGUUGUGGUGCCCACGCGGGUACGACACCAUGGAGGCUAAGAAAGGAUGCUCUGUUGACAUCUGCCAAGAUGAUAGUUGCCACCUCCGAGAUUGCUAAAUCCCGUCAAGCGUUAGCUACUUGCGGUGUUAUCGAUGCCAAACCAUAUUCGGUCAACAUUUUACCAGGUGAAGUCACUUUCACUUUGGAUAUCAGACAUCCAGAAGAUUCAGUUACAGCCUUGAUUUUAGAAGAAGUUAAAGAAGAGUUUAACAAGCUGGUCAAGGCAAAUGAAGCUGGCCCAUUGUCGUAUGAAUGGGAAGUAUUACAGAUUUCUCCAGCUGUUAAAUUCAAUGAGACUUGUAUCGAGUGCGUUUCCAGAUCUGCGUUUGCACAAUUCAAAGAAACUGAAGUAAGACAGAUAUGGUCUGGUGCUGGACACGAUUCCUGUCAAACUGCACCACAUGUACCAACUUCCAUGAUUUUUAUACCCUCUAAGGAUGGUCUCUCUCAUAACUAUUAUGAAUAUUCAUCUGCAGAAGAGGUAGAAAACGGGUUCAAAGUUUUACUGCAAGCGAUUAUCAACUACGAUAACUACAGAGUCUUGAGAAACAAAUAA